AUGGAACAGAAUGAAGGGAAAAUAGUAAAGCACGAAGAAGAAGAAGAAGAAGAAGAAGAAGAAAAAGAAGGAAGAGAGCAAGAGAUAUGGAGUUGGGGGGCAGGAACGGACGGGCAGCUGGGCACGGGCAGGCUGCAGGACGAGCUUCUCCCUCAGCUGCUUCACCUCACAUCUCUCUCCUCCGCCGGACCCAUCUCUUUCCUUGCCUGCGGCGGCGCUCAUGUUCUUGCCUUGACCUCUGGUGGGAAGGUACUGACAUGGGGAAGAGGCACGUCUGGUCAACUAGGUCAUUCUGAUACGGUCAAUAGUCCACAUCCCAAGCUUGUUAUGUCUUUGAACAACUACUUCAUUACUCAUGUUUCUGCUGGUUGGAACCACUCUGGUUUCGUUUCAGAUACAGGGGCUCUUUUUACAUGUGGAGACGGCACAUUUGGUCAGCUCGGGCAUGGCGAUUACAGGUUACAUUGCUAUCCUGUCGAAGUCUCCUUCUUUGCUAGUAGUAGUAAGCACGUGGAACAGAUAGCAUGUGGAAUGCGCCAUUCCCUUGUUUUGCUGAGAGGUGGUUCAGGAGAUGAAGUUUAUGGGUUUGGUUCUGGGAAGCGUGGUCAACUGGGUAUCGCCAAGGAUAAAAUCAAUUUAGUUAGUCUUCCUGAACGAAGUUGUGGAUUUGAAGGUGUAAAGAUCGCUAGCAUCACUGCAAAUGGAGAUCAUAGUGCAGCAUUAUCUGCUGAUGGACAUUUGUACACUUGGGGAAGAGGGUUUGGCGACACUUUAAGUGCUCAAACGCCACAGCGUUUACCUACAUCAUUCUGCUUUACCAAAAUUGCUCUUGGAUGGAAUCAUGCUUUAGUUUUAACUGGUGGAGAGGUUUUUAUGUUUGGUGGAAGUCACCAUGGAGUCCUUAGUAAUCCUGAUAAAAUGACUCCAGUCAAGCACUCAGCCGAUUCAAGAGAAGUUGUCCUGGAGAAAGUCCCUGGGCUUGAAGGGAGUAGAACUCUGCACAUUGCAGCUGGAGCUGAGCACUCUGCUAUUGUAACAGAGAAUGGGGUACUUAAGACAUGGGGAUGGGGAGAACAUGGUCAGCUUGGCUUGGGAAAUAUAAGUGAUCAAACGAGUCCUCAAGAAGUGAGUCUCAGCCACAAAUUUCGGAAAGAAGCCGGCUUAAUUGAGAUUUACUGUGGCAGUGGUUUUACAAUUGCAGUAAGAACUUCGUGUCACCCUUCUCAGGCUGGUUAA